AUGGGGGGCGGAAAGCAGCACAGGGGGCCUUUCCAGGGGGUCCGUGUGAAGAACUCGGUGAAGGAGCUCCUGCUACACUUCAGGAGCAGCAAACAGAUGUCCUCGGGCUCUGCCGCGGAGGAAGGCAAGGCACAAGGAGGACUGGUGAACUACGAGCAGUACACAGAGCUGAAGAGCAUACUAGGUCACAGUGGCAAAAGAAAGGCUCCCGAGCUCCUUUCUGAUGGACCUUCUUUCAAGCGCCAAGCUAAUGUUCAUACACACCUCCUGACACCACCCCAGACACCAACUUCUAUGGAUAACAUGGAAGAGACGCAUAAAAAUGACCCAAAGCAUGACAGCAAUUCUGAUCUUCUUCAGAACAUUAUAAACAUCAAGAACGAGUCGAGCCCUGUUUCUCUGAACACGGUGCAGGUUAGCUGGUUGCACGCUGUCUCCAGUCACGGCUCGCCCAGUGAACAGUACCAGGACAGCCUGGGAACACAGGCUUUCUCCCCGUCCCAGAAGUACCAGGUGUUCCAAGAUCACACCUCCCAGCAUAUGCUUGAUCCCCCGCAGCAUUACCAGUUCUCUCCGUCGCAGAACCAGGAUUUGUCACAGAGCUAUCCUUCGGAUGCCUCCCUGGAGUACAGGCCGUUUGCUGCCAAUGACCAGUCUCCUGGCUACCAGCAGAAUACUUUCGAGAGCCAUGAGCUGCAAUACUGCCCAUCACAGAGCUUCUCCUCUCUCUUGAAUGACUCUGAAGGCUCGGAGGGAAUCUCCGGUCCCCUCCAGCCGAUGACCAGUGCCCACCCGCAGGCUGAUGUUGGCCCCCAUGCUCCGAACUUCAGCUUGCUUUCCAAUAACAUCUGUGGUAAUCUGGAGCGCAGCGUCUCUUUGGUUACUUUGAAUGUCCCUCUACCUGACCAAAACAUUGCCAGAAGCACAGCGCAGCUGGGCAAGUCAUUUUUUCAAUGGCAAGUGGAGCAGGAGGAAAACAAACUGGCAAACAUCUCUCAAGACCAGUUCCUUGCAAAAGACUCAGAUGGAGACACGUUCCUUCACAUUGCAGUUGCCCAGGGCCGACGAGCUCUCUCCUAUGUUCUUGCGAGGAAGAUGGCUGCCCUGCACAUGCUGGAUAUUAAAGAGCACAAUGGCCAGAGUGCUUUCCAGGUUGCUGUGGCUGCCAAUCAGCAUCUCAUUGUGCAGGACUUGGUUAGCUUGGGGGCUCAAGUCAACACCACGGACUGCUGGGGUAGAACGCCGUUGCAUGUUUGUGCCGAAAAGGGACAUGCCCAGGUCCUUCAGGCAAUCCAAAAGGGAGCCAUGGGAAGCAAUCAGUAUGUGGACCUUGAGGCAACAAACUAUGAUGGUUUGACAGCAUUGCACUGUGCUGUUCUGGCCCAUAAUGCUGUGCUGCAUGAACUGCAAAACAGUCAGCCACCUCACUCCCCUGAGGUCCAGGAGCUUCUGCUGAGAAACAAGAGCCUGGUAGAAACCAUCAAGACUCUAAUACAGAUGGGAGCAUCUGUUGAAGCGAAAGAUCGCAAAAGUGGUCGCUCAGCUUUACAUUUGGCAGCAGAAGAAGCAAACCUGGAGCUCAUUCGUCUCUUUUUGGAGCUGCCCAACUACCUCUCUUUUGUUAAUGCAAAGGCUUACAAUGGCAACACAGCCCUCCACGUGGCUGCCAGCCUGCAGUAUCGGGUGAGUCAGUUGGAUGCUGUGCGCCUGCUAAUGCGAAAGGGAGCUGAUCCAAGUGCCAGAAACUUGGAGAAUGAGCAGCCAGUUCAUUUGGUUCCUGAUGGCCUUGUAGGAGAACAGAUAAGACGUAUCCUAAAAGGGAAGGCGAUUCAGCAGAGAGUGUCGCCGUUUUAAGCUCCAUGUUUCUUGGAGUUCAGCAACUCACACUCACUGUCAGUCAGGCAGUCCUAAUGUAUCUGUAAAUAGACCAUUUGCCUGGUGUGGGCAAAUGUUAGUUGUUUCUAUGAAACAAAAGUAUUUUGUUCACUAUCAUAUAGUGGGUUAUAGAAGAAUAAAAAAAGAAGACAGAAAAAAACAACAAAAAAACCCCCCAAAACCC